AUGCCUGUGUUCAAGCAAUGUAAGAAGAUCCGCUGGUGUACAGUGUCAGAGCUGGAGCAGAGAAAGUGUGCAGAGCUUGCCAAGGCCCUGGUUGCAGUGCUGCCUCCUGCUGCUGUGGCAGCCUUUGCCAGGCUCUCCUGCAUCCGGGCCUACAGCACCACAGACUGCAUUGACAAGAUUCGGGCAAACCGUGCUGAUGUCGUAACUCUGAAUGCAGGGGAGGUGUACACUGCCGUCAAGCAGUUUGGUCUCACUGCUGUUGCCAAGGAGAUCUACAGUGAAGGAGGCUGUGUGCUGGCAGUGGCUGUUGUGAGGAACAGCAGUCUGGAUCUGCGCUCGUUGCAAGGCCGACGCACCUGUCACAGUGGGGCCCGAUGGACUGCAGGCUGGAGUCUGCCUCUCGGUUUCCUGCUCUCUCGCAACUACCUGCCCUGGGCGGAGGAGGAGCCACUCAGCCAGGCGGUUGGUGCCUUUUUCAGUGCCAGCUGUAUUCCAGGAGCUGCAGCCACAGCACCAAGCCUGUGUGCUCUGUGCCAGGGCCAGAAGUCCUACAUACGCCACCGUAACUUUCACUGUGAGACCUCCCACAACGAGCCCUUCUACCACAGUCAGGGGGCUCUCAGGUGUCUUAAGACUGGCAAGGGGGAGGUUGCAUUUGUGGACAACAUCGCCCUUGACAGUAUUGAGGAGUGGGAGAGAGAGGACUACAGGCUGCUCUGUACAGAUGGUUCGCAAGCCAAUCUCAGUGAAUUCAGGAGAUGUAAUCUGGGAAGAGGGCCAGGAGCUGGAGUGGUAACACGCAUCAACUACCGCAAGAUUGCCCGCAAGUUUUUGGCAGCAACCCAGAUGAUGUUUGGGCGCCGAGGCCGGGAGAGGCAGCGCUUCCAGCUCUUUGAGUCACAGUCCUAUGGUGCCAGCGACCUGCUGUUCCGAGAUGUAACAGAGAAGUUGGCCAUACUUCCAGACGACAGUGACAUUAGCCAAGUGCUGGGGCUGGACUAUGUGGCUUUGCUGAAGGGGCUUGGGCAUGAAGGCAGCUCCCUGGAGGACAGUGUAGUCCGCUGGUGCUGUAUCAGUCACGCAGAGCAGAGGAAGUGUGAACAGUGGGCUCUAAGUAUCAAGUCCGACCCAUUAGUAUGUGUGAGGGCCUCCUCUAUGAGCAACUGUAUCGAAAAGAUCAAGAGAGAUGAAGCGGAUGCGGCUUCGCUGGAUGCCACGCAUGUCUUCAUUGCUGGGAAGUGUGGCCUUGUUCCAGUGGUAGCUGAAUACUAUGGGGAGAAAUGCAUGCCGGCAGAGGGAGGAAAAAAAGGACCUGCCCAUUUUGAGAGUGAUGUGUUGCCAUCUGUGCUCGCGGUGGCAGUGGUAAGGCGCUCCAGCAGAAAUAUAUUCUUCGGGAAUCUGGCGGGUCGACGCUCCUGCCAUGGUUAUGUGUACAGCCCUGCUGGCUGGCUGCUACCUGCCACACACAACCUGAGCUCCCAGCAUAACAGCAGCACCUGCUCUGACCCAAGCAAAGUAUACAGUGAUGUUUUCUGGAAAGGCUGCCUGCCAGGCUCUCAAGGUGGUCUCUGUAAGGUGUGUAUUGGGGGAACUGUGGAACCUGGCACUAAACGCUGCGCUGACAACCAUAAUGAGCGUUACUAUGGCAAUAUGGGGGCACUGAGGUGUUUGGUGGGAGACCCCAGUGGUAAGAGCUAUGGAGAUGUUGCAUUUCUGGAGCAAUAUAAUUUGGAGGACAACAUUCAGAGUCUGGGCUCUAGUGGCUGGGCGGAGGGCUGGCUGCCCUGGGAUUUUGAGCUACUGUGUGCAGACGGCCGGCGGGCACCCCUGUCCCAAUGGGAGAGCUGUCACCUGGGCACCAUCCCUCCGAAUGUCGUGAUGACCCGCCCUGUACUCACUGCCCGUGUCUAUGACUUCCUCAUGAAGUCACAGGAGACUCUUACAGCCCACCCAGACGAAUUCCAACUUUUUGAGUCCCACAUGUUUGGUGAGAGUGAUCUGCUGUUCAAAGAUGCCACGCAGUGCCUUGUCCACACAAGCCAUUUGGAUUACCGUACCAUACUGGGGGAGGACUUUUACAGGACAGCUGAGGCCACCUUCAACUGCACACACUCUGGCAUACUGGAGUUCUGUGCUCAGGAUGUGUGUACCAUAUUCUGAGGAGACACCAUCAGAGGGAAC